CAAGUUUGGUUGAAAGUUGUUGUUCCUGGUUCGGCUUGUGACGACGAGCCGGCAACGCAACGUGGCUGGCGCUUAGUAUUUGUAAAUAAUAUCUUCUGCUGUUUUUUUUAUUUAUUUGUUUGUUUGUAUUGUAAAUAUUAUGUGGCUCCAGUUUUGCAGUAUUACUAGUCUGUUGGGUAACUGUAGAGCUGUCAGAAGUCGAAAGCCGACAGUGCUGUUUUUCUUUUUUCUGUAUAUCACAUUUUUUGCCAAUGUCUAUGGGAUUCAGGAAGUACAAGAACGACCGCCGCAACAGCAGCCGCUACCGGAAGAGCUGGCAAAACCCGAUGUUAAGCAAGAGAAAUUGCCAACACUGCAUUCUGCAGUUCAUGUGAAUGCUGAAGAUGCUGCCGUUGCUGCUAAGACCAAUUUGGGAUUUAUCCAUGCUUUUAUUGCUGCCAUAUCGGUCAUCAUUGUAUCAGAGCUGGGAGAUAAAACGUUCUUCAUUGCAGCUAUUAUGGCAAUGCGUUAUAACCGUUUGACAGUAUUAGCAGGAGCAAUGCUUGCUUUGGGACUUAUGACAUGUUUAUCAGUUCUCUUUGGCUAUGCUACAACAGUUAUUCCUAGAGUAUACACAUAUUAUGUGUCAACUGCGUUAUUUGCAAUAUUUGGCAUACGAAUGCUUCGGGAAGGUUUUAAGAUGAGUCCCGAUGAAGGUCAGGAAGAGCUGGAGGAAGUUCAAGCAGAACUUAAGAAAAAAGAUGAAGAGCUUCAGAGGUCGAAACUGUUAAAUGGCCCAGGAGACAUUGAAGCUGGGACUGGAACAACAGCCCAGAGGAGAUGGGUGUACUUCAUUUCGCCAAUAUUUAUUCAGGCAUUUACUUUGACUUUUCUAGCAGAGUGGGGUGAUCGAUCCCAGCUAACAACAAUUGUUUUGGCAGCAAGAGAGGAUCCAUUUGGUGUUGCUGUUGGUGGGACAGUAGGGCACUGCCUGUGCACCGGACUUGCAGUUAUAGGUGGAAGAAUGAUAGCACAAAAGAUUUCAGUCAGAACUGUGACCAUCAUUGGCGGCAUUGUUUUCUUGGCAUUUGCAUUCUCAGCACUGUUUAUUAGUCCAGAAGCUGGAUUUUAGUGGACACUUUAAUGAACUGGCCUUUCAUAAGAAGUGAAGUUUGACUGCUGAUUUCAUUAUACUGUAUAUAAUGGACAGAGGAACUGCAUACUCAGACAUUGAAGGCUUUCAACUCUGUAAAUUAUCUAAUUUUAAUUUUGUAGAUGUUAAGGACUUUUGUGAGUUUUUGGCCCAUUCAUAGCACUGUUUAAAGGGAUUGUACUUGAUCAUGCCCCAUGCUUAUAGUACUCUUAUAACUCGAAAAAAUAAAUUCACCAACUUUU